AGGCUGGUUCAAGGGACCAACCGGUGCUCAGGCAGACUGGAGGUGAAGACCAACCAGUCGUGGUCCUCAGUGUGUGAAAAAGACUUUGACCUGCAGGAUGCAAAGGUGGUCUGCAGGGAGAUUGGCUGUGGGCCUCCUUCAGUCCACCAGGGGGCGCUCUAUGGAGAAGCAGAGGCUCCAGUGGGGAGCAGAGAGUUCGUGUGUGAAGGCAGUGAGUCUGCUCUGCUGAACUGCAGCAGCAGGAAGAGUUCAGGUAGAAACAGCUGCUCACCUGGUCAAGCUGUUGGACUCACCUGUUCAGACAACUUCAGGUUGGUGGGAGAGGCCAGCCGAUGUGCUGGAAGACUGGAGAUGAAACGUCAAGAAGAGUGGAGACCAGUGGAUGUCAGUUAUUAUAACUGGAACAUGAACUCAGCUGCUGCAGUUUGUGCUGAACUGGACUGUGGUUCUGCUGUUUCAGCAAGAAAGUCAAAGGAAGAUUCAGAGAGACCAGUUUGGGGGAUCUUUUCUGACUGUUUCCAGUCAGGAUCUGCAUUAAAGAACUGUGUACCUCAUGAUAUAAACAGUGAUAAGAGCCAUGAGCUCAUCUGCUCAGGUACAGUCGGUUUCACUUCACCUUUGAUGCUCUGA